AUGUUCGUGUUUGCUCUUCCCUGUCCCCCGCAGGCCCGCCAGCUCAUCCUGCAGUAUGGCUUGACCCUCAGUGACCUGGAUCGACACCCAAAGAUCGACCUUGCCAUCGAUGGUGCUGAUGAAGUAGAUGCUGAUCUCAAUCUCAUCAAGGGCGGCGGAGGCUGCCUGACCCAGGAGAAGAUUGUGGCUGGCUAUGCUAGUCGCUUCAUCGUGAUCGCUGAUUUCAGGAAAGAUUCGAAGAAUCUCGGGGAUCAGUGGCACAAGGGAAUCCCCAUCGAGGUCAUCCCAAUGGCUUAUGUCCCAGUGAGCCGAGCUGUGAGCCAGAAGUUUGGGGGUGUGGUUGAACUUCGAAUGGCUGUCAACAAGGCUGGCCCUGUGGUGACAGAUAAUGGGAAUUUUAUCUUGGACUGGAAGUUUGACCGGAUACACAAAUGGAGUGAAGUGAAUACAGCUAUCAAAAUGAUCCCAGCCUGUUUGAGUUGGGAUAGUCCUGAAGCUGAUGGAAGUUCAGAGGGGACUUGCCUUGAAAUAAGGCCAUCAUCUCUGCGUAGAAUCUUUCCUUCCAGGAGCUGGACUGCAGCCUCUUUUUGUGGACUCUCUUAAGCAGGGGGGAAAAUGACUCAGUUAAUCCACAUUCAUUGGAUGCAUGCCAAAGGCAAGAUGUUAUGCUGUGUGUUACAGGGGAUACUUCAGUUUGGAGGACUUGUAAUCUGUCCUUAAGGAGAAUUGAUGUAAACCUGUGGAAAUCUGUGUGUAUGUGUAGAAGCCAUGCCUACAAAUAAGAUAGAAUGUGCUAAAUUCUACUAGAGGAAUACCAAGAGUCUAGAGUGCACAAAAAGGUUCUUUUUGGCAGAAUGCGAGGAUGUUUUAUGGUGUAGAGGUGGUUUUUCACCCGUGCCUUGGCAUAACAUAAGUUUGACAUGGUGCUAAGUGUCUAAAAAGGUUUCCUUUGAUUCCUACUUUGAUGAGGUAGUUAUAGAGGAGGACAGUGGCUGAGGAAGGUUAAGCUGCUUGCCCAAAGACAGCACCAGGAUGGGCACCCUAAGGUGUCUACCACUACACCCCAUAUGUUCAAUGUUUACUUGCUGAAGCACCAGGUGAGGAGAGUCUGUGUGAAAUGAACAUUUAGAGCCUUAGGGAGCCUCUAAUGCAGCUGUGCCGGGGAAUGAUGGAAUAAGAGCCAGGAUGGGGCCCUGUGUGAAGGAUGGGUGGGCAGUGUAGAGAUGAGUUAUGAGGCUGGAGCCCUAGUCCAGGCUAGAGGAGGUAUCAAGGACUCAUACAAGGGGAUUAAAAGGAAGAGGCAGUCUUGAGGUAUCAGCUUCUUAGGAUAUUGCGAGACUAAGAGGCUAACGGAAUAUUCCCUAUCAUGGAAUAUUCUUGGGCCAGAACUGGCUGACAGGACCUUUCAGACCAGUUUAGUGGAGCAGACUAUUCUGCAUAAGGAUCCUAACCCAGCUGUGCUCUGGCGUGUUACCUCUUAGCAGUUAGUUAACAUCUCUGUGCCUGAGUUUCUUCCUAUGUAGAAGGGGCUAGUUAAUUCUAGUACC